UCCAGCGUCAGAUAAGAGGGUCCAAAGGAAAAUCCCUCCGCGGAACCAUACCAAACCAACAAUUCCUAUGGCGGCGCUGCCUCUUCUCCGGUGGGGCGCCUCCUCCCUCCACGCCCACUUCUCCCCUACCCCGCCGCGACGCCUCUUCUCCGCUCUCCGACAGCCCCCUGCCGCCGGCCGCUACGAGCCAGGCUCCAGGGUCAUGCUUAAGGGGAUGGACUACCCAGAGCUCGAGAAAUGGGUGCAGUCGCAAGGAUUCCGACCGGGACAGGCCAUGAUGCUGUGGAAAUGCCUCUACGGGAACAACGUCUGGGCGCAUUGCCACGACGAGCUGGCUGGCUUGAACAAGGACUUGAGGAAAAUGAUAAGUGAUCAUGCUGAUCUGAAGGCAUUAACUAUUAAAGACAUUAUUACUGCAUCAGAUGGAACCCGAAAGAUACUGUUCUCUCUUGAAGAUGCCUCAGUGAUUGAAACAGUUGUCAUUCCUAGCGCCAGGGGCCGGACAACGGUCUGUGUUUCAAGUCAAGUGGGCUGUGCCAUGAAUUGUCAGUUUUGCUUCACUGGGAGGAUGGGUUUGAGAAAGCAUUUGUCUACAGCUGAGAUAGUUGAGCAGGCUGUGUUUGCUCGUAAGCUAUUUUCAGAUGAAUUUGGUACUAUUACAAAUGUUGUAUUUAUGGGCAUGGGCGAGCCGUUGCACAAUGUAGAUAACGUAAUAAAAGCAUCAUCUAUAAUGGUUGAUGAGCAGGGUCUUCAGUUUAGUCCUCGCAAGGUUACUGUAUCCACAAGUGGUCUCGUUCCAGAGAUAAAACGCUUCCUCAAUGAAUCCAAUUGCGAUCUGGCCGUGAGUCUUAAUGCAACAACUGAUGAGGUUAGGGAUUGGAUAAUGCCCAUUAACAGAAGGUACAAUCUUAGCACGCUUCUUGGCACUUUAAGGGAGGAACUUCGUUUGAGACCUAAGUCCAUAGUGCUAUUUGAAUACGUCAUGCUUGCUGGAGUGAAUGACAGUGUGGAUGAUGCGAAGAGGCUUACAGAGCUGGUUCGUGGUAUUGCCUGCAAGAUCAACCUCAUCUCUUUCAACCCCCAUAGUGGGUCCCAAUUCAAGCCGACGCCCGAUGAGAAAAUUAUCGAGUUCCGCAACAUGUUAAUCCAGUCCGGCCUUACCGUUAUGGUGCGGCUAAGCAGAGGCGAUGACCAGAUGGCUGCCUGCGGGCAGCUAGGAGCGGCUGGUGACUAUCAGCUACCGCUGCUCCGUGUUCCUGAGAAAUUUCAGGUCGCCUUAUGAAGCUAAAUACGUAGUGCUCGUACAGUAGUAAAACAGGUGCCUGGGAACAACUUCAGGAAGACAUGGCAGUAAUAUGCGUGUAAUGAGGAUAAAACCACGCUGAUUCUUUCAGGUCAAUCAUCUUUCUGAGCCAGCCUUACGACCGUCGAGCAUUUUCUGAAUUUUGAUGGCAAGUGCUGAACAGUUGAUCUGUGGUGAUUGUAACCCAAUGGACGGCUAGGUAUCAAAUAAAGACGACGCGAACCUCUGGAUGGGCAUGCUCCAAGCAACUUUGAGUAGACGCAUGACAUCCGGGCAUCUGGCAUAGCUUCUGACGCGGUCUGAGUCGCCAAAGUCGAUUCUGUUGCAGGUAGUAGUUCCAAAAGACUCGAAUCUACUCAGCUAUUGCUGGUCAUGUUGGAUUAGAUGAUGCAGGAAUGACAGAAAGACAAGAAAAGGGACUACGUGCAUGCUUUCCCUUGCUUGAGAUACCUUAACCAUUAAGGUGCGCCAGCACCUGACCACCCUACUUAGAAAAGAAAAGGAAAAAAAAAGGCAAAGUGGUCUAACACAAGCCCCACCAACCAAUGCGCCUUCUUUCCAAAAGCAAUUGCAUUACAAGACCGCACCCAUGGGGAUUUGGGCGCCUUUGCCACUAAUCUGCUGCCAAAAUGGAGUAGCGGCCUACACCUGCUUCCUUGUUUUAGUGUAGAUAGAAGAUUGCUUGCUUGGAUUUUGACAUCCCAGAAAACAAAAGACAAAGGGAUUCUACGGCUGAUGUUUUUCUAAAAGGUCUUUGUUUUGUUUGGUUUAAUAUUUUUUCGAGAGGCUUGAGCCAGAUUCUGAUGGCAAUCUCUGAUGUAAUCAACGGAUUUAUUAGCGCCGUAGCAGCGAGGCUUGCUUAGGAGUCUUGAUGA